AUGAACAAAUGGAGAAACCAAGAUUUCGGAUCGAGAUUAGGGGAUCUGGUGAAGAUUCGCUGGCCUCGGUCAACAUGCAUCCAGCAAGAAUGGGCGGGACGCUGGAGACCCGAGGGAACUUGCAUUCUUCAGCGAUGCAUCUCCAGUGGGAUAAAUACGAGGGCAAUGCAAUCAUCCGCUGCAGAAGCUGCCAACACCCCCGGACAUGCGAAUUCAUCCCAUUCUAUUCGCAAAGUUGGGGCAUCUAGUUUCCUCUCCUGCAAUCCGCUUGAGAACUACAGCUUUGGCCCAAAAAUUGAGGAGAGUGUUGGAGUCCUGAUUAAAAUUGUCAUGUUUUUGGGUUUUUCGACAAUGGAUUUCGUGCCGCUGAAUAGCUCUCUCAGUUCCGCAAGCGAGAGCAAGAUGCGUCUAUUGGGGACAUAG